CAGAGGGUAUUAUCAUAUUAUAGGUGAUCAAUAAAGUUGUUGUGUUGUAUAGGCUAGCUAGCUCCUGCAAUGCAAGUACAGACAGUUAUUAUUAUCAGCAUCCAGCUGUUUUCUCUUGCUGCAGCCACAUUGACCACCAUCCCCACUGUGGCCUGUCCUGGUGACACUGUUACCUUCACCUGUACUCUGCCUGGUACUCUCAUACGAUGGGACGUCACUCCACCACAAGGUGCCCGAUUCAGUAUAUCUUUAAGGACCAGCAACACUGAUGAGACACGAGCUAAUCCAGCAUUCCGAGGUGUUCUCACUGACUCCAAUGGAGCAAUGCUCACUGCCACUCUCACCUCACUGUCUGAGGCCUCCACUGUGGAAGGUACUAUGGUGGAGUGUGUGGGAGUGAGCUCACGAGAGGGUCCUCUCACUAUCACUGUGGCUGAUCCACCCUCUCCUCCACUCAAUGCAAGAGUAUCCUCCACUUUAAAUCAACCCAGCUCCUCUAAUAUCACUCUGUACUGGGACCCUCCCUCCUUUACUGGUGGUGUGUCUGUCAGCUAUGUCCUCACUAUCUCCCCAACACCUCUCUCCAAGUCACCAGUCACCGUGGAGACUACCUCAGCACAGAUAACUGUCUCCUACAACACACCCUACAAUGUGACUAUCAGAGCUAUCAACUGUGUUGGAAUGAGUGAAAGUUCAAUUGUGGAUAUGAUUGUGUGCCCCACACUGUCUACUGCUGCUGGUGUGACCAUCACCAACACACCUCCUGUCACUAUUGGUGGAUCCAUGCUCACCUUCACUUGUAGUGGAGACAGUGAAGUGAUAACCUCAACCUGUGGCAGUAGUGGGUGGUCUCCUGACCCUGGGACCUUUGACUGUGGCACCCCAGUUACAGAUCCCCCAGUCACCUGUGGCUCCCCAGCUGUACCAUCUAGAGGUAGUGUGGACAUCAGUGGUGGGACACCACCCUUCUCACUGGGUUCAGAGGUCAUCUAUCGCUGUGAUGAGGGACUGUUCCCCCCUGAUGUGAGGACCAGUACAUGCACUGAUGUGGAGGGUAGGGGAGAGUGGGUGGAGAAUCCUAGGAGCUUGGUGUGCAGGGAGAGGCCAGUCAACUGCUCUUUACCCUCGGAGCCAUCCAACGGAACUAUAGUGGACUAUGAGAGGUUGAAUGAGACAGUGUUUGAGGGAACAGUGCUGACUUACCAGUGUGGCAAUGGAUUCUCACUGACUAGACCCAACACCAUCACUUGCACUAAUGCUGGAGUCUGGAGCACUGAGCCUGAGGCAAUAAUGUGUGUGUCACCAACUGAAGCUCCGACUGCUGCCACCCUAUCAACUGGUGUAACUCUUGCCAUCAGUGUUACUAGUACUUUCGUUGCAUCUACUAUCCUUGGAUUUCUCGCUGGACUCCUAGUGAUGUACUCAUUCACGCGUAAGAAGGCAGUGUACUUCACAAGAAAAACAGCAUUAUCUGUUGUAGAACCCACUAAACCAGUUGAACCUGUUUAUGAGGAGGUGUCACCCAAAGAGGAGAUUGAACUGAACACUAACCAGGCGUAUGGACCAUUAGGACUGUGAAUUAAACUUUGUGCUACUAACUUUUGAACUAUCAUUAUGCAUAUAAUUAUGUUUUCUAGCCAGUAUUAUAAGUGUUUCACCUGCUAUAUAGUUUGCUAACCAUUUACUUCAAUCAUAAUUAUAAUAACAUAAUAAUGUUUGUUAA